AUGACCUGUCAGGCCUUCAGCACCACUGAUUCUUUCACUGCUCUGAGCGGAGACUCAGCUGCUCUGCCUCUGCUCAUGCACCAUACUGGAGCCUCUGACUGCUUGCCCGUCACCAGCUACACUAGCAGUAUGGUGCCUGCAGUCCCUUCAGGUCUCCCAUUGGUCCAGUCAUCCAAACGCUCUCACAUGCACCUGUCCACUUCUGCUCUGGGCAAUGCGUCAGCCAGCCUGCACUACCCAAUGCCCCCAUGUCACUACAGCAACCAGCAGACCACCUACGGCAUGAUGGCAGGAGCUCUGGCUCCACGCCUGUAUAAGUUCCCUGAGCACAGCUUGGGCGGAGGCUCUUGUGCUCUGACCCACAGCUUCCCCCCGCUUCCCCAGGCCCUGCUUACAGAUGAACCCACUCUAGGUGACUUCAAGCAGGAGCUGCGCAGGAAAAGCCGGCCACUGGAAGAGCCCCCAGAUAUGGACUCGCCACAGAUCCGUGAACUGGAGAAAUUUGCUAAUGACUUCAAGCUGAGGAGGAUCAAACUGGGUUAUACUCAGACCAAUGUGGGUGAAGCACUGGCGGCUGUGCACGGCUCUGAAUUCAGCCAAACCACCAUCUGCCGCUUUGAAAACCUACAACUCAGCUUCAAAAAUGCCUGCAAGCUCAAAUCCAUCCUGGCCAAGUGGCUGGAGGAGGCUGAGCAAGCCGGAGCUCUUUUUAAUGACAAGAUGGGCAUGCAGGAGCGUAAACGGAAACGGAGAACAACCAUCAGUCUUGGGUCUAAGGAAGCCUUAGAAAGAAAUUUUGUGGAGAAGAGCAAGCCCUCAUCUCAGGAGAUUGUGCGGAUGGCAGAGGGUCUUCAUCUGGAGAAGGAGGUGGUCCGUGUGUGGUUCUGUAACCGCAGGCAGCGGGAGAAAAGAGUCAAAACCAGCCUACACCACAGCUCAUUCAUGACCAAAGAGACUGUAGUCUGUAGACUCUGAAGAUCUAGAGUCUGUGUACUGUGUGAUUAUCCAUGGGCAAAACAGUUACUCUGGGACAUACAACACAGACCUUUAGCAGUCAGUGGGUUUACCGUACUGAUUCACCAGCUGAAGUGUGAAAGGGUAUUAAGUGGCCCCAAAAACUAUUUGGACACAGUUAAAUAUACUGUAUAUGAAUGCACUGUAUUUAAUAUAAAAUAUCAAACCAAGUGGCAUCUGCAAAUAAAUGAUGCUAGACCGUUUCUCUAAACUAACUUUCUGAUUAUUUUUAACUGGUCUCAAUUUAAUUAUAGUUGAUAUACAGGUUUGAAAUCAGUUCCCCUCAUGUUCACACAGGUGUUCAACCAAACAUGUAGUUCUUCACAUUAACUACGGUCAUGUUACUCUAAGAUUUGUCAACCAGGAAGUGUCCAAAUAAUUUUUAUCUUAAUUUGUAAAAGUAUAUCUAGUUUUAUCAUUUUAAAAACCAACAAGCUUCUUUUGUAAAAUGUUUUGCUUGAAAAACUGUACUCUUUAUGUCUUAAAAAAUGCCAAAUGAUUUGAUAUUUUGCUAUCAAAUGCAAUGGCAUGCAAUAUUUUUAAGUGUAGCUAAAAUCUCCAAAUACUUUUUAGGGCCACUCUAUCUUUCAACCUUUUUUUUAAAAAAAAGUAUUUUUUAUUUUAAUUUUUUUACUUUUUAUGGGUUAUUAAAGAUUGCAUUGCAACCCCCCAAAUCAUUUUUUAAACUUGUCAAAAGACAUCAAAACAAUGUUUUUUUAAUUUAUUUAUUUAUUUAUUUUAUUUUUUUACCAGACAUUCUGAGCCAAAUGAAAUGUUUAUGAAAGGUUCUAUCAGAGUCUUUCUAGCAAGUCAGUCCACUGUCGGCCAUCUUUGGAAUGCUCUCGGGAGGCUAUUUCCAGUCAUGACAGUGCAGCUCCUAUCUACUUGAACCGAAAUCUCAAAAAUGGUUGGUCAAGAUUACGAUCAAAGAACAUAUUUUAAAUCAGCAGUGAAAUCUGACAAUGCUGGUAUCAUAAAUUAUGGUUCUUUACCUCAUAUUACACAUACACUUAAUGCACAUGCGCAUUCUUGAGAUGAUUGACAGGCGAUGUCUGUAUCUAAAAGGUAAUUGACUCUUUUAACUGUAAGGUGGGACUUCCCUUCUACAUCCGUUGACCAUUGGGUGCGAGCUCCUUGGUUGGGCGUUCCAAUUUCUCCCAUUCAUUUUAAAAGAAGUGGCCCAUAUCUGCUAAAAAGUCUCUGGUUCUACUCAUUGAGAACAUUUCAACAUGCUUGUAAAGGCAAAAUAGCUUUUCGAUACUUGAGUAAAUGUAGUUUAUUAUUUAUUCUUUAUAAAUAUAUGUAAAGUACAUUUCAAUUAAAGUUUAAUGUAUUGGCUAAAUAUUAAUAUGCAAAUAUUCUAAAAAUAGCAGAAAACAGUAUCUUUGCACUGUAGAGUUUUGUAAGAGAAGCCAACAUUUUUUGUGA